AUGGCAGACUCAAAUUCAACUUCCCUCGAACCUGCACCCGAUCUUCCAACAACGCCACCAAAUCCCCAACAUCUGUCACAGGCCUCACUCGACCAAGGUGGCCAACAAUCAAACAUGUUUCAAGCAAAGACGGAGGGCUGCCAUCUUUACAAAGAUCUUAGUCCUCUACGUACCAAGCAAGCAAAGAUCGGACCUCAUCUUUGCUUGUCUUUGUUUGUUGGCCACCUUGCACUCGACGAGGUGGUGCGACCUGAGAAUCAGUCCUCGGCGGUUGCAACGGACGCUCAGCCGCCAAGUCCAAAAGAAACAGUACCCGAAUCCAAAUCUCAGGAGGAGCCUCAAGCCGAAGCAGACGAAAGUGAUCCAGAGGAAGAUAGCUGCGAUGAAUUGGUGAAGCCUACACCCGAUGAGAAGUCCAAAGAUUUUCAGGAUUGGACGGAAUGCGAAUUCGUGGACGAUGACGUACCAAAGAGUAUGAGGCUCCAGAUCCCCGAAGAUGCACAACCUGAAGCUCGCAACCGUCCCGCCUAUGCAUCCUUUGGCAGCAACGGUACGACGGUGGCUGUCAACGCACCCGGAAAUAUCAUGCAAAUCUCGCGGUACUUUGGACUUGGUCGCUCUGGCUUUUUUUGUGCCGACUCAGACUUCUACUGGGAACCAGACUUUCCCAAUUAUCGCUUAGAAGAAUUCAUGGAGCACAUGGACAAUGCCAACAAAGGCUUUCGACUCGGACUAGAAAGUUUGUCCAUUAAGAAUAGGCCAACUUUCGAGUUUGUGUACGAUCGUUGGCCGCGGUUCACAUUCCACCAUUCGCAAGCUGCCCGGAAGUCUACUGGAGAAUUAGAAGGCCCUUUGACAGAAGACAAAGUGAAUAUGGAGUCGAGAGAGCCAGUAUCUGGUGACAGAUCAUCGAAACCAGCAACGCAGUUCACCGGUGCGCAGGAAAAAGAAGAGCAAAGCCAUCCUGAAUCACUCAUUCUCUCUCUGCAGUGCUUUUGCUACCGGGAGACCGUUUUUCAACGGUAUGUUUUUGAUGGUAGGGAUAGUUUGCCCAAAGCCACGAAAUGGAAGAUCAACGGGGGCAUCCCCUUACGCAAUCUGGAUUUUUUGGAUGUUUCCGAUUUCAACUCUUCUUCGGAUAACUAUGACUGGAAGCUUGGGUAUAGAAAACGAAGCCUCAUACGGAUCCACGAAAUCACAGAUGAUGUAGCGAGCGAAAUGGGUGUUACAGUUCCGGAUCAAGAGCAGAAGCCCCGGCCCUGGGCGGUAGCACUCAUCAUCACACCUUUCAUCAAUGGCAAGGCGCAAAUAGUUCAACAAGAAGAAGGCCAGAAGGUCUGCUUCUCGAAGAUGAUCCCAGUUGGAAGGAUACUAUCGUCCCGGCGCAACAUCCGGAAAAUCAUGGGGAACACUUUCUCAAGAGAAGCAAAUACACCUUUCAAGGAAGUCCGGUUCUCCAACCAUCAUCACCUCAAUUUCAUGAUCGGACGAAACUUGGAGCACAUUCUCUCUGUGUGCAGUAUUCCGAUUCCUGAGGAUUUAGAUUCCGAUCCCACUAUUUCCGAUGCCAAAUCAGGUGUUAUCAGCUCUGGAGAUGAGAAUCUACAUACCGGUCCGAUGGCUUUCACGUGUGGGCCACUCUCAGGUCACCGCAUAGACACAGCAUCAAGCUUGUAUGUAUUAAGCUGUCUCAAGGCUCCCCUAUACUGGCUACGAAUAGCUUCGCUUUCCAAAUCCUCAUUGCAGCGUGGCAUGGAGAGUCGAGUUGCAAGCGUAGAGUGUAAUGUUCUCGCUAGCACAAAACAAUUGAACAGAACGAAACAUCCCUGGCAGCAACGAAAGAUACUUGAGUUGGUCAUUUUUGACCUGACGCUGUCGGAGAUCGAGUCAAAUACGGGCGUUAUCCUGUCUUGGAUUCGAAGAAAAGUUCUCGAAAACGAUGAUUGGAAUGGAACAGAGAAAAGGGGAGAGAGAGAUGAGGGGGUAAACCAAAAAGAGGUAGGCACAGCAGACGAGGAACUCAAGGUCAUUAGUGAUGAUCAUGACAUCGCUGCAAGUACGCCAUUCAGUCCACUUGCCCUUUCACUCGAAGAGGGUGUCAAGUUUCUCGAGAAAGGCGAUAGCGCAAGCUACUUCUCAAUCAUCAAACGUUGGAGGUUGUAUGAACAGAACCGUCGGGAGAGUGACCGAAAGCCGGAGAAUCCAAGGUGGACUAUGAAUGACGAAAAGGAAUUUCGUCCCAUCAUCAACAAGCUUUUGGUCCAGAAUCAACGAAGGCACCGAGACCUGGAGCGCUUAAAAACGACCAUCCAAACAUUCCGGCAGUUCCUCAGCGGUCGGUUGGAAUCCAUUCGAGACGAUAUGAGCUUUCGUGGAAGCGAGAACAUGUCCUUAUUCACAUAUGUGACCGUCAUAUUUCUCCCUCUCGGAUUCGCCACGGGAAUUUUCAGCAUGAGCGAGGCACCUGCUCGGCUAACCUUGGCUUCCAUGGCGGUGACUGCCGCUAUCUCUUUGUUUGUCACCGUUUUCACUUUGGUAAAUGCCGAGACUCUGGGCGAUGCUAUGGUCAAACCGGCUAUAGACCUUGCCCAAAGUUGCGGGAGACCACUUAUCUUUUUAUCACUGUUCGCCGCAUAUUCACUUCGAUUUGUGCUUCUUGCAAUCCAAUUGGUUCUUCGCCCUGUACUCAAACCAGUCUACAAGUACACCCUUGGUCCGGUGUUGAAAUACCUCAAGGACGAAGCAAACCUGAAAAAGUACAAAGGCAUGAUGGAUUCAUUUUUCCCUCUCGACAAGACCAAAGAGAAGGAAAAUGAAGGCAUACCAGAAGCACAAGCUGGCCAGUCUGAUUCACGAGAUGGAAGCGAAUCAACGUCAACUGGAGUUCCUCACCGCAAAGCUCCCCCGCCAAAGCGGCGAAAAAUGGAGCCAACACCAAGGCAACUUGAGGCUGGAGGUCUGCAUCGUUCUGCGUUGUCCUGA